UCUUAGCAUAGCUUUAUGCAUUAAUCAUAUUUGGAAUAAGGAAGUGAAACUUGAAUUGCAUAUGAGGCGCGAAAAGUUUAAAAAUCAAUAUUGGAAAACAGUGUCAGUAAGAUAUAUGGAGAUACAGCUUAAAGAACAAUGUUGGGAAGAAGAGG